AUGGAACAGAGUGCAAAUUUCCCUUUGAAGGCCGCAGAUCUGGAAGUAAUUAAACAAGAACAAAACCCCAGAGAGGGGAAGGAGAGUACGACAAUGGAGAAGAACACUUGCCGACGGGAAUCAUGGGCGGCGGCAACUGAGAAAGCACAGGAGGACAAUCCAUGGAAGAAAUUUGAUGUAGGGCGGAUGCGAAGAAGUGGUUCGAAUCUAGAAUUUAUUCCACCGCAGGAAAUUGAAGGAAGGAAAGUCUGCCAAGUGCAAGCUAGCAAGAGGCAACAAGGUCAUGGAGGGGAAAAGAUCUAUCGUCCUGUUGUCAUAGGGAGGAUGAAUGAGAACAUUGCUAGGAAACAACAGAUUUGGAACAAUAUGUUUGAUCAAGGAAGCACAUCAAGAAAUCAGAAGGGAGAGGUAGUGAUAAAUGAGAAAGAGAUAUUACAAGCACUUGACCCUAAUUCAGGGAUUAAUGAGUAA